AUGGACGGCAGCCCGCCACGUCACGCGCUCAGGGAUGCAGGAGAAGAUGCUCGGCCCCGCUUGUGGUACCCAAGCUGGGCCCCGGCGCGGAGCGAUGCUCUCGGGGCCGGCGGGCGGCGAUGGAGCGGGGCGGUAGCGCGGAGCCGCCGAGCACAGCGGCCCCUGGGGCAGCUGCCCGCGGCCCCUGAGCGCCGGCAGGAGGAGGAGGAGGAGGAGGAGGAGGAAGAGGAAGGCCGGGGCAGGCGGCAGAGCGCGGCCAUGGAGGAGUGGCGGCAGUGCGGCCGCUGGCUCAUCGACUGCAAAGUUUUGCCCCCGAACCACCGGGUGGUCUGGCCCUCGGCCGUGGUCUUCGACCUGGCGCAGGCGCUGCGGGACGGGGUGCUGCUGUGCCAGCUGCUGCACAACCUGUCCCCCGGCUCCAUCGACCUCAAGGACAUCAACUUCAGGCCGCAGAUGUCCCAGGUGAUCUCUGCAGUAUCCAGGCUCUCCUUCCACAGUAUUGCUCAAACCAAAGGAAUUAGGCCCUUCCCUUCGGAGGAGACCACGGAGAAUGACGAUGACGUGUACCGGAGCUUGGAGGAGCUGGCAGACGAACACGAUCUGGGCGAGGACAUCUACGACUGCGUCCCCUGCGAGGAUGAGGGCGAUGAUAUCUACGAGGAUAUCAUCAGAGUGGAGGUUCAGCAGCCCAUGAAAAUGGGAAUGACAGAAGAUGACAAAAGAAAUUGCUGUUUGCUAGAAAUCCAAGAAACUGAGGCCAAAUACUACAAAACCCUUGAAGAUAUAGAAAAGAACUACAUGAACCCCCUGAGGCUGGUACUGACUCCCCAAGACAUGGAAGCUAUUUUUAUCAAUUUGGAGGACCUAAUUAAAGUGCACUUCAGUUUCCUGAGAGCCAUUGAUGUCUCGAUGAUGUCUGGAGGAAGCAGCCUGGCAAAAGUGUUCCUGGAGUUCAAAGAGAGGCUGCUGAUUUAUGGCAAGUACUGCAGCCACAUGGAAUAUGCCCAGAACACCCUGAACCACCUCCUUGCCAACCGGGAGGACGUGCGGCAGAAGGUGGAGGAAUGCACACUAAAGGUCCAGGAUGGGAAAUUCAAAUUGCAAGAUCUGUUGGUGGUUCCAAUGCAAAGAGUUUUGAAGUAUCAUCUCCUGUUAAAAGAGCUGCUCAGCCAUUCCUCAGACCGGCCAGAGAAGCAGCAGCUGAAGGAGGCUCUGGAGGCAAUGCAGGACUUGGCCAUGUACAUCAAUGAAGUCAAGAGGGACAAAGAGACUUUGAAGAAAAUAAGUGAAUUUCAGAGCUCUAUAGAAAACCUGCAGGUGAAGCUGGAGGAGUUUGGGAGGCCCAAGAUCGACGGGGAGCUCAAGGUGCGCUCCAUAGUGAACCACACCAAGCAGGACAGUGUCAGGGAGCAAACAUCAGAUGGGCAGGAGAGGAGGUCCCAUGGAAAAAUGUGGUCCUACGGCUUCUACCUGAUCCACCUCCAGGGGAAGCAGGGCUUCCAGUUCUUCUGCAAGACUGAGGAGAUGAAGAGGAAGUGGAUGGAGCAGUUUGAAAUGGCCAUGUCCAACAUCAAGCCAGAGAAAGCCAAUGCAAAUCACCACAACUUCCAGAUGUACACAUUUGAGAAGACAACCAACUGCAAAGCCUGCAGGAUGUUCCUGAGAGGAACCUUCUACCAGGGCUAUCUUUGCCCCAAAUGUGGAGCAGGUGCUCACAAGGAGUGCUUGGAGAUUAUUCCUCCCUGCAAGAUGGGUUCUUCAGCAGACCAGGAUUCACUGGGUGCAGGACCUGGUCCUAAAAUGGUGGCUGUUCAGAAUUACCAUGGAACCCCAGCCCCUCCUGGGAAGCCAGUGCUGACCUUUCAGAUUGGGGACGUGAUGGAGCUGCUGAGGGGGGACCCCGACUCACCGUGGUGGGAGGGGAGGCUGCUGCAGACGAAGAAGUCGGGUUAUUUCCCCAGCUCCUCAGUGAAACCCUGCCCCGUGGAUGCCAGGCCCCCCAACAGCCGGCCGCCCUCGCGGGAGAUCGACUACACGGCGUACCCGUGGUUUGCAGGGAACAUGGAGAGGCAUCAGACAGACAACCUGCUCAAGUCUCAUGUCAGUGGCACCUACCUGAUCCGGGAGCGGCCGGCUGAGGCCGAGCGCUUUGCCAUCAGCAUUAAGUUCAACGAGGAGGUGAAGCACAUCAAGGUGGUGGAGAAGGACAACUGGAUCCACAUCACGGAAGCCAAGAAGUUCGAAAGCUUGCUGGAGCUGGUUGAGUACUACCAGAGCCACUCGCUGAAGGAGAGCUUCAAGCAGCUGGACACAACUCUGAAAUACCCCUACAAAUCCCGGGAGCGCUCUACCUCCAGGACCUUCACCCGCUCCCCAGUGUUCACCCCCCGGGUCAUAGGCACGGCCGUGGCACGGUACAACUUCGCGGCGCGGGACAUGCGGGAGCUGUCGCUGCGGGAGGGGGACGUGGUGAAGAUCUACAGCAGGAUUGGAGGGGACCAGGGAUGGUGGAAGGGGGAGACCAACGGAAGGGUGGGCUGGUUUCCCUCGACCUACGUGGAGGAGGAGGGCGUGCAGUGAGCGCGGCCGUGGCCGCUGGAAGUCGUCGAGCGCCCGGAGCCAGCAGCUGCAGCCUGAGCGCACUGUCCCCGUGCUGGACACCUCCCAGGACUGCCCCUGCAGCCCCUCAUGACCCCCCUGCGUGCAGGCUGCCCCAGCCUGGCCCCUGUUCCGUGUACAGAAGAUUGCUGGGCUGUGGGAUGGCGCCGGUGGAGAGCCCCGGGAGAGCCGCGCUCUCCCCGAUGGACAGAGCUCAGAGACUCUGGGUGCCCAGCAGGGCCUGGGCACUGCACCCCUCUUGUGCCAGGGGGUUUUAAAAGCCACCCUAGGCAUGCUGGAGGGAGGCUGAGGCUGAAGGUUUUGUGCCUGGGUGAGAAUUUGGGGGGUCUGGGGAGGGAGCCCCAAGGAGGCAAUGCAGACCCUCUGCCACAGCACUCGGGGGGUUCCCAGGUCAGGAUUUUGGCAGUGGCCCUGGCAGCCAUGGGCAGCACUGUGCUGUGGCCAGGGUGAGGGGCAGGGUGGGGACACCUGGCCCGGGAGGAGGAGAGGGCUGUGACCAUUUUGACCCUCAGGUGUGGGCUGGAAGUGGACCUCCAGGUCAGCCAGGAGGGCAAAAAGCCAUUUUGGCACUCUAAGCCCAUUUUCUUUACAGUCACCUCAGUCCCACCAGCCUUGCUGCAGGCAGGGGUGUGCCCAGGGAGCAGACUGGUCCCACUGGUGAGCAGGAGGUCUCAGUGCAUUGCAGGACUGGAGAUGUACUCCACACAAGGGCUUCAGAGGCCACCAAGGCACCAGGUCCAUGCAGAGGACAUGUCCCUGGGUCUGUCCUCCCCAGGCCAGGCUGAUUUUCCUUGCAGCUGUGACAAUUCCCACCUCAUGAGCUCAGGGUGAACCCACCUGAAUAAGGGCUAUGGUAUCAAGUCCUGAAUCCUGUUCCUGAGCUGUGAAAGCAUCUCCUCUUCCCAGCUGUGUGCACUUUUGGGGGCUGGCAGCAUUGCCCCCUGCUCUUCCUCCCACAGGCUGUUCCUGCUGCUGCUGUCAAGUAAAGGUCCAUGUGUUGUGACAUUC